GCCCUGCCCCCUUGGGCCGUCGUCUAGCUCCCGGAGGCGGCAACCGCUCCUGCUCGGCCCUGCCCGGUUAGCGGGGCCAGCUGCUCCUGGGUUCUCUGGUGACCAUGGGGGACCCCAACAAGCAGGACAUCCUGACCAUCUUCAGGCGCCUCCGCUCGGUGCCCACCAACAAGGUGUGUUUCGAUUGUGGUGCCAAAAACCCCAGCUGGGCAAGCAUCACCUACGGCGUGUUUCUCUGCAUCGAUUGCUCAGGAACGCACCGGUCGCUUGGCGUUCACUUGAGUUUCAUUCGAUCGACAGAGUUGGAUUCUAACUGGUCUUGGUUCCAGCUGCGAUGCAUGCAAGUCGGAGGCAACGCUAACGCAGUGUCCUUCUUCCAUCAACACGGGUGUGACACCGGUGACACCCAGUCCAAGUACAACAGUCGCGCGGCCCAGCUCUAUAGGGAGAAGAUCAAGUCGCUGGCAUCGCAAGCAACACGAAAGCAUGGCACCGACCUGUGGCUUGAAAGUUGUGCGCUUCCGCCUUUGUCCCCUACACCAAAGGAGGAGGACUUUUUUGCCUCUCAUGCUUCUCCUGAGGUGAGCGGCACAGGGUGGGCGUCAACACACCCAGAACCAUCUUCUUUGACACCGAGGAACGUGGAAACCAUGCUGGGAAAUAAUGAGGGACGACUGGAACAAGGACCCAGUGUGGAAGGUCUCCAUGUCCCAGCUAAGGCUGCUUUAGAAGUUUCCUCUAUCAUAAAAAAGAAACCGAAUCAAGCUAAAAGAGGACUUGGGGCCAAAAAAGGAAGUUUGGGAGCCCAGAAACUGACGAAUACGAGCUUUAAUGAAAUCGAAAAACAAGCCCAAGCAGCAGAUAAAAUGAAAGAACAGGAAGACCUUCGGGCCAAGGAGGCCUCUAAGGGAGAAUCGAUUGUUUCGUCAUUACGAUUAGCCUACAAGGAUCUUGAAAUUCAAAUGAAGAAAGAUGAAAAGAUGAACACGAGUGGCAAGAAGAAGAUGGAGUCGGAGAGGCUCGGCAUGGGAUUCGGAAACUGCAGAAGUGGUAUUUCACAUUCAGUGACUUCAGAUAUGCAGACCAUUGAACAGGAAACACCGAUCAUAGCAAAACCAAGAAAAAAGUACAGCGAUGACAAUGAUGAUUCGUAUUUUACCUCCAGCUCAAGGUACUUUGACGAACCGAUAGAGUUAAGGAGCAGCUGUUCUUCCAGCUGGGAUGACAGUCCGGAUUCCUAUUGGAAAAAGGAGAGCAUCAAAGACGCCGACACGAUUCUGAAGGCCACGGGCUAUUCAGACAGACCUGCGACUCGCCGCAAGCCAGACUAUGAGCCAGUUGAAAAUACAGACGAGGCCCAGAAGAAAUUUGGCAACGUCAAGGCCAUUUCUUCAGAUAUGUACUUUGGAAGACAAGCCCAAGCUGAUUACGAAACCCGGGCUCGGCUGGAGAGGCUCGCGGCAAGUUCCUCCAUAAGCUCAGCCGAUCUGUUUGACGAGCAGAAGAAGCAGCCGGCAGGAAACUACAACCUCACGAGCGUGCUGCCCACCGCGCCCGACAUGGCCCAGUUUAAGCAGGGAGUGAGGUCCGUUGCUGGAAAACUCUCCGUCUUCGCUAACGGAGUCAUGACUUCGAUCCAGGAUCGCUACGGGUCUUAAAGUCGCCGUGCGUGUUUCCGGGCAAGAUCCCUCUUCUGCGCGGCCGCGGCCACGCUGCAGACGGCAGUGACGACCCGCCAGUCUGCAGACCGUUCUGCUGCCUUUUCCCGUGGUAUCGACGCGUUACUGACCUUCACCGUUCCUUCUGACGCAGUAGAGGCUCCGCUGUGGUUUGUUCCGUGCUCCUUCCUGCGCAUGCCUGCUUUUGGCGUGUUCAUGCACAUCCUUGCUUUAUUUUCUUGGAAUCUUUAGUUCUAACAGUUGGGAGCGUGGGGACACGGGUCCCUCCCACCCUCUGAGGACCAAGGACUGAGAACCUUUGUCUGGGGGGUUAGCUCGUGUGAUUCAUGGGCCAAGGGUCACCAGACCCAGCCGAUGCUCGCUGGGCCUGAAGAAAUAAAAUUCACAACACACAUUUCAUUACAAAGGGAGCAAAGAAUAAAAACAAAAGACCAAAAAUGACCAGUGUCUAACGUGACAGAUUGCUCCAUUUAUAUUUCCACCUACGAAGGUGGUUUCCAAAUAAUGUUUAAAGUCACCCGUUCUCUUGUGAAUUGUUUACUUUGUAUGAUCUGUAAGUUUAAAAAUAAUUUUUAGUGAGUGCUUUUAACAAACCUAAGCUCCUGCACUGCCAAGGGAAUUCGUCUUUUGACAAGGUGUUGCUGUUUGAAUUUAUGCGAAAUGUAAAAUGAGAAUCCCCAAGGGCAUUUACAGACCAGUGCAGCACACAGAAUUAGAAAUGGGUAAGGCAGGAAGGCGCACCCCGAAAAUGUUUCAGCGUGUGGGAAAGUAGUUGUUAUAAUUGGGUAGUUUGUUAAUAUUUUUUAUCUUAAUCUGGGUUUUCAAAAAAAUUACAGAAUGUGUAUAAACGAAUAAAGAAAACUAAUUUGGCUGUGUUUUAGACAGCACUAGAAUAUAAUGUUCAGCACAGUAAAAUAUAUUUGAAAUUCAAUGAACCAGAAAUGUGGUUUCAACUGAGUAUUUUGUGAAUCUUUCUUAAAUGCUCAUAUUUGUAGACUUCUAAAUAAACAGUUGCAAUAGA